GGGAGGCAGCAACCAUCGUCCACAGCAGAAUCUUAGCUGGAUGCAGUGCCCGUUGCAUUUCAACCUUUUCACCACCCUCCAUCCCAUCGUCUUCCUCCUUUUCUCAAUUGCCAAUUUCCAUUACUACCCAUCUCUCUCUCUCUCUCUCUCUCUCUCUCCUUUUUCAGUGACAUGCUUUCUCUCUCAUCACCGAAAUAGUCCCCACAAAGCAUCCGCCGUCACUGCAUUCUCUCUCUCUCUGGCAUACUGACACUACAAUGCCCGCAGCCAUUGCCGCCGACUUCGUUUUCUUCUUCUUCUUCACCUUCCUUCUCUUAUCGUGCGCACCUCACCUCUUAACCUGCACCCCUGCAGCUGCGGUGACUGUCGGCCGCAGGAUCCUCCACCAACAGUCCUUUUUCCCUCUAGAUUCCACUGCUCCCUCUGCACCCCCUUCUCUUUCUCCGCCGGCCCCCGACCCCAAGCUCCCAUUUUCCACUUCUCCCCCUAACCAGAGGCCUUUCUUCCCAACCUCGCCCUCCGCCCCGCCUCCUCCUUCCCCUCCCUCCGUCGCCGGCGAUGCCUCGUUUCCCGCCAACAUUUCCAGUCUCAGUGUCCCCAAGCCCAUCCAGCCGAAAUCCUCCCCCCACACCCUCAUUGCUGCCAUCGCGGCCGUCGUCUUCGCCGCUCUCCUCGGUGCAGCCACUCUCUUCUAUUAUUGCCGACGUAAGACGCGGCGGCGGCAUUUGGCCGGCGAUAAGACUUUCCCAUCCGAUACCAGUCGCAGGCUGUUUCCUUCGAAUGCCGAAACCGCCGGUGCGAGGAGUUGCAGAGUGAGAACCGCUUCCGGCACUAGCUCCGAGUUCCUCUAUCUAGGCACUCUCGUUAAUUCUUGCGCAAUCGAUGCGGGUAACGGCGUUAACGGGGUCUCGCCGUUGAGGAAGCUUGAUUCGCCGGAGCUCCGCCCGCUUCCGCCGCUGACCCAGCAGAGUUUUAGGCAGAAUUCUGGAAAUGGCGAUUUGGGUUCUGGUGGGGAUGACGAAGAAGAGGAGUUUUAUUCUCCGAGAGGGUCUCCGACCGGCCGCGAGAGCGCGCACAGUGUUGGAUCGGGUUCCAGGAGUGUGUUUGCGACUAUGGCGGUGGAAAAUUUUGGAGGCAGGAGCAGCGAUCAGAGCUCUGCUUCGUAUUCGUCUUCCACUUCGGCCUCGCCUGCCCGAUCGAUGUCAAUUAGCAUUUCUCCGCCGGUUAGUUUGAGUCCGAGAAGCUCAAGACCAAAGUCGCCGGAACUCGUAGCUGUUCAGGCUCCUCCUCCUCCGCCACCUCCACCUCCACCGCCGCCGCCACCACCUGCGCCAUUCCGGAGUAUCGCGAACAGAAUAGAGUCCCCCUCUUCUUCGUCGCCUUCUUCAUCGCGAAGAGAAUCGAACGUUUCAGAACAAGAUCAGCAGUCUCCGGCGAGACUUAUCAGUGUUCACCAGAUCUCGCUGCCAUCGCAGCCGCCGCCGCCUCCCCGGCCGCUGCCACCGCUUCCGAUGCAGUUGGCGUCUUCAAAUCCUUCGCCACAUGCAAUUUCCAGACCGCCACUUCUUGUAACCCCUUCAAUACCUUUCAUGUCACAUAAGCCCGCAAAGGCUUCUCAGAUUGGGUCGCUGUCUGAGUAUGAGAAUUUGGGGAAAAAUGAGGAGACUCCGAAACCAAAGUUGAAGCCAUUGCACUGGGAUAAAGUAAAAGCACAUUCUGACCGCGAAAUGGUCUGGGAUCAGUUGGGAUCUAGUUCAUUCAAGUUGAAUGAGGAAAUGAUUGAAACACUUUUUGUUGUAAAUACCUCAAACCCAAAUUCAAAGGAGGCACAUAAAAAAUCACCCUUUUCUCCGCUGAAUCAAGAGAAUAGGAUACUGGAUCCCAAAAAGUCACAGAACAUUGCAAUUUUGCUAAGGGCUCUCAAUGUGACCAUAGAGGAAGUUCGUGAUGCCUUUUUAGAAGGUAAUACAGACACACUUGGAACCGAACUUCUUGAAAGUUUAUUGAAGAUGGCUCCUACUAAAGAGGAAGAACGUCAUCUGAAGGAGUACAAUGAUGAUUCUCCAUUCAAGCUUGGUCCUGCUGAGAGAUUUCUGAAGGCAGUUCUUGACAUACCUUUUGCGUUCAAAAGGGUGGAUGCAAUGCUUUACAUAGCCAAUUUUGAGUCUGAGAUUGAGUACCUCAAAAAGUCUUUUGAAACUCUAGAGGCAGCCUGUGAAGAAUUGAGGAACAGCAGGAUGUUCUUAAAGCUUCUUGAAGCUGUUCUCAAGACUGGGAACCGCAUGAAUGUUGGGACAAAUCGGGGUGAUGCCCAUGCCUUCAAGCUUGACACGCUUCUUAAGCUUGUUGAUGUCAAAGGUGCAGAUGGGAAAACUACGCUCUUGCAUUUUGUUGUACAGGAAAUUGUAAGAACUGAAGGUGCACGCUUUUUUAGUGCUGAUGAAACCCCAAAAUCCACUUUCAAUGAAGAGGCAAAGCGUAGGAGGCUUGGCCUGCAAGUUGUUUCUGGUCUCAGUUCAGAGCUCUCCAAUGUGAAGAAGGCUGCUGCCAUGGAUUCUGAUGUGCUUAGCAGUGAUCUCACCGAACUUUCUAAAGGAAUUAGGAACAUUGAGGAGAUUGUGCAAUUGAAUGAAGCAACUGGGAUGCAGGAAAGCAGCCAGAAAUUUUCUGAGUCAAUGAGCAGGUUCAUGAAAAUGGCUGAGGAGGAUAUUAUAAGAACUCAAGCUCAAGAGAGAGUUGCUCUUUCUCUAGUUAAGGAGAUAACAGAGUAUUUCCAUGGAAAUUCAGCUUUAGAAGAAGCUCAUCCAUUCAGGAUUUUUAUGGUGGUAAGGGAUUUCCUUGCUGUAUUGGAUCGGGUCUGCAAGGAAGUUGGAAUGAUUAAUGAGCAAACAAUUGUUAGUUCUGCCCAUAAGUUUCCAGUUCCAGUUAAUCCAAAUCUGGUACCAACUGAUACUGGAUUCCAAGCAAGGCGGCGGGACAGUUCAUCGGAAGAUGAGAGCUUGUCUCAUUAAAGCCUGUAGCUGCUAUCAGGCUUCUCUCUCUCUCUCUCCCUCUCCCUCUUUUUUUUAGGUUGCAUUCAGAAGGAUUCAACAGGUAGGCUAUUGUAUGGAUUGGUUGGUUGGAUUCCACGAAAUGUACCCGUGUCUGUAUUUAUAGAAAUUACAUGUAAAGGAUUUUGCAAGUUGUCUUUUUCAAUAGGUAAUAUAUAGAAGAGAAUUCCUUGGAGACA